CCCCAACGUGUGUUCUACACCAGAACGGACGACCUUGUCGGGGACAACGAGGGAUUGCCAGGCCGCGCCCUGCUGUCAGCAUGCUGAGCGGCACGUGUCAACCGGCCACGUCGGCCAGCCAGCCAGCAGGAUUGGGUGACACGGCAUGAGUGAGCCUCACUCACACCCCGGAGGCGCCGCCGCGGCCGCCGCCUGUUGUCGAACAAGAGUCAAUCGGACGACAGGCCUCACUCGCCUUGGGGAGUCCGGGACGAGGGGCCGCCGCGCCACAUGUUACCGCGUUUUAGUUAGUACCGGCGGCACUGUCAUCACCACCUUCUUACGUACCUACAAAGUUACGUUGGUACUAGGUAGCGCUAGCGCUAUCGAGCCACUUCCAUCAUCCAAGUCGGUAACUACCAAGACCACCAAGUACAGCAGCAACCAUCCCAUCACACCACUUCCAUCUCUCUCUUACAACAACAACAACAACAACCGCCAUUUCAAAGCACGCACGGCGCCUUGGAACCCACACAUCCCCAUCAUCAUCAUCUUCAUCUUCAUCAAAGAUGUGCAUCGUAUUAUUCACAACCGCGCACCCCAAAUACUCACUCAUCCUCAUCGACAACCGCGACGAGUACAUCCUGCGCCCGACCUCGCGGCCCGGCUGGUGGACGCACCCGACCUCGGGCCAGCGGGUGCUCUCCGCGCGGGACCUCCAGCGCGCCGAAAAGGGCACCUGGUUCGGCAUCACGCGCGACGGGCUCCUCGCCGUCCUGACAAACUACCGCGAGCUCAGCCCGCGGGGGGACGCGGAGCACCCCGUGCACGGCAUCCGCAGCCGCGGCCUCGUCGUCAACGCCUGGCUCGGCGGUCUCGCCGCGGCCAAGGGCGGCAGCAGCAUCAAGGACGGCGUGCAUCGCCUGGUGGCGAACCGCAACGUGCAGGGCGUCGGCGGCUUCUCCAUGGUGGGCGCCAAGCUGAGGCGCAAGGGCGGCGGCAUCGCCAUCGUCAGCAACAGGGCGUCGCACCCAGAUGACGUGCCGCUCGUCGACCUCGACAGCCGCGAGACCUGGGGACUCAGCAACACCGUCUUCGACGACCCGAAGGAGUGGCCCAAGGUUACCGCCGGGAAGCGUCUGCUCGACGAGCUCGUGUCCGAGGCGGGGGCCACCGCCUCCAAGACGGAUGACGACGCCUCGCAGCAGCAGGAAGAGCAGGAGAAGCUGAUCAAGGCCCUCUUCUCGGUGCUCGACGUCGACACGCUACCGCAGAUGACGGAGGGCCAGGGCUUCGAGGCCUACAUCAGCCAACUCAAGCACAGCAUCUUUGUGCCUCCCAUCGGAGACCAGAAGCACCGAGAGGCUAUGCAGAAGGCCAUGGCAAACGGACGCUCAGACUGGAACGUCCUCAACGGUGAUGCCAAGGCCGUGGAAGAGCUCCUCGCGGAGGAGCGACCGGAUGCCAAGACCCACCCGGAGAUCAUGGCCGCCUUCGAGACGGGCAUGUAUGGGACGCAGCGUCAGACGGUGCUGCUGGUAGACUUGGAGGGAAAUGUCACCUUUGUUGAGCGUGCUCUCUGGGACGCAAACGGGCAUGCGAUUCCCCGAGGGGACGGCGAUGUCGCCUUCAAGUUUAAGAUCGACGGUUGGGACGAUGAAUCAUAAAGACGUGGCUAUAAACUAACUCAUUGUUUGGCGUUCGGCUGAUGGGAAAUUUGGGAUAGGGAGUCGGACAAACAGAGGGCACCAGACUAUAGAAGCCAAGAUGAUAAUGACAAGAUUCUUUGUACAUG